AUGAUCACACGGAGCAGACUGCUCUCGUGCACUCGCUGCCUCAUCUUCUGGCCUUGCACCCCAAGGUGUGUGAUAGGCUGCCACUUGUGUGUGUGGGUGGCACUGGCAGCAGUAGCGCUCGCAGGGGUGCAUUACCUGCGGGUGUAUGAUCACACGGAGCAGACUGCUCUCGUGCACUCCCUGCCGCACCUGCUUGCUCUGCACCCCAAGCACAGCAGCGCUGGCAGCGGGCGGUUGCGAGUGUAUGACCACACGGAGCAGACUGCUCUUGUCCAUUCGCUGCCUCACCUGCUCGCUCUGCACCCCAAGGUCAAGCUAGUGGUGAUCGACAGUGUCACAUUCCACUUCCGCCACGGCUUCACAGACAUGGGUCUGCGCUCACGUCUCCUGGCCUCCAUCGCGCGAGAGCUGCUCGCGAUUGCGGACGAGCACAACGUGGCUGUGAAUCAAGUCACGACCAAGGUGGACGGCGAGGUGUCCAGGCUCGUUCCCGCUCUCGGCGAGAGCUGGGCGCACGCGUGCACCAAUCGCGUGAUCCUUUUCUGGAGCGGGGGACAGCGAUUCGCUCACCUCUUUAAAUCACCCUACCUGCGGGCGGACACUGCCCCCUUUACAGUCACAUCUGAGGGCGUCAGGUCGCUGCAAGACGCACAGAAGCGGCAGCGAGUGGAAGGGAGGGAGGGAGGUCUGGUGUUGGCAGGUGAUGGUGGUCGCCAGUAG